AUGAAUCAUGCAUUCUCUAUGAAGGAAUUAUGGAACAUUGCCUACUUUCUUGGCAUUUCAGUCCAAUCCACUGGUGAUUCUGACUGCUUUGUUUCCCAACAUCAGUAUGGUCAAGAUAUUCUUACCAAAGCUGGCAUGGCUGAUUGCAAGCCUUGUGCCUCUCAUAUUGCUGUCAAACCUUCUCUUCCUCCUACUGCUGAUUUGCCCUUUGAUAAUCCUUCUCUAUAUCGCAGUAUUGGCACCAUUGCUCAUGGUUUGACAUAUCAACCUAGCACUUUUGAUCUUCAUGCUUUUUUCGACUCCAAUUGGGCAGGGGAUGUGAUUAAUAGGAAGUCCACCUCUGGAUAUUGCAUAUUUUUGGGUUCCAAUCUUAUCUCUUGGUCUCCUAAAAAGCAGGCCACUGUGUCUCGCUCCUCUACCGAAGUAGAGUAUCGAGCACUGGCUCAUGUUGUUGCCGAAUUGACUUGGGUUAAAAUGUUUCUUCAGGAUUUGGCUAUUUCAUCCCCUACUCUACCUAUUUUGUGGUGUGACAAUGUCUCCUCUAUUGCUCUUGCUUCCAAUUCCGUGUUUCAUUCUCGUUCCAAACAUAUCAAGGUGGAUUGUCACUUUGUCAGAGAUAAAGUACUUGCUAAACAACUAACUUUGCAAUAUAUUCCUACUCAAGAUCAGUUGGCUGAUAUAUUUACAAAACCUUUAUCUGUGGCUUGUUUUUUGUAUCUCAAGUCCAAGCUAAUGGAGUUCACGCACCCCAUCAGCUUGCAAGGGCAUGUUGAGAAUACUACAGCUUCCACAUUUAAGAAUACUACAAUUUCCAAACUUAGCUCAGAAGUUACAGCUUCCAAACUCAACUUAGAAGCUCAGUCAAUGGCUCAGCCAGUUCCCUUAAUAGAUAUUGCAGUCGCGUCCACAUCAUCUUAG